UAAAAUGUCCACUGUGGAGGUUUCAAAGACAUCUCAUCUUCGUCGGCCAACAAAGCCAAAGCGGUAAUCUACAAGUCUCUUGGACCGUAUCAACGACCGACAGACCCUGCAAGUCAAAAGAACAGAGGAAAAACGCCGGACUCUGAACAAUAAGAAGUUUCUAAACACUCUUGCAAAGGACUGACGAAGAUCCAGCUUCGCCGUCCGGAAGACGAGUCACGGUUUCCCAAACACUUCAAACUUCCAUUGUCAUUCAAAACCUUUCAUCUAUUUUGAAGAACGUAGCGCAAGGCAUCAGGGCACAUUACUGCAUUCGUUGCUAUAGGUGAAAUUCGAAUAUGUGUGUCACUUUUUUCACCCUCUCUCAGCCGGGCUACAAGCUCAUCUUAGCAUUUAACCGGGACGAGUUUCUCGACCGGCCGACUCUCCCAGCUCACUGGCAUGACUUUAAUUCUCCCUCUCCUUUGACUCCGACCCUUUACAAAUUUAAUAACUUUACAGACCCAUGCUCAAGGGAGAACAAAGAAAGUGACGACGGCGGCAGAGUUUUGUCGGGGCUAGAUAGAGGCAAAGCGGAGGGAGGAACUUGGUUAGGGAUAAGCAAGGAUUUGAAAGUAGCUUUACUGACUAAUAUUGCACGUAUCCGACCUGCCCCUGGUGUUCAACCUCUCUCUCCACCACCUUCACGAGGCAAACUCCUCCGCGAGUUCCUAUCCCCUUCACCUCUCACUUCCUCCCAAUUAGAAACCCAGUCAUAUAUCUCCUCCCACUUCCCUACUGCCGGGGACUAUGAAGGAUUCAAUCUCUUGCUUUUUUCACUCUCACCAGAGCGUAAUAUUGGCUAUUUGACAAACCGUCCAUCACCUUCUUCCCUCGACCUUACUAGCUCGCUUUGCGGAGGUGAAGACGGUCAGAGGAGGUGCGUGGGGCUCUCAAAUUCACCGCUUGACGAGAAAUGGCCCAAGGUGCAGCAGGGUGAGAAGAAUAUGGAGAAAAGCUUGAGAGAAUGGGAAGAAAAAAGAGAAGGAGAGGACCGGCUGGUUGAGCGAAUGUUUCGAGUUCUCUCACCCAGUCGGCCGAUUACAUGUGACGAUGAUCUCACCUUGUCAACAACAAUACCGCCCAUCAAACUAGGUGAAGAUCUCUUUCUCAAUACGGAUCCACAAAAUACCAGAGCUCGAUGGAAAGGUACUCGUACGGCAACUGUCAUAAUUGUCAAGGACAGCGGGGAAACAACAUAUGUAGAGCGAGACAUCUGGAUGAUAGACGAAGACGGUGAACCUAAAAAGGGAGAGGAUGAAAGGAGGUUUAAAUUCGUGGGCGAGGAGAAGUGAAGAUCUCGAGUCUCAUCCUUUCUGAUAUCAAGUCGAAUCGCGGUAUAAUCACAUUUCCUUUUAAGUAAGCAUGUACCAUGUUGAGC